AUGCAAUUGGCUACUCAAAUUCAUACAUCCUUGAGCCCUUCACCAAAAAUUGGUUCUAAAGUACAAACCAAAACAAAAAAGACAAUGUCUCCAAGCGAAGUAUCUGUAAACGUCAUGGUUACAUCAUCUUCAAGUAAAUCUUCUAGUCAAUCUAAACAUAAAUCAAAUAUUUCUGAUUUUCCACCAUGGUUAAGUAACAAUAACACCAAUAACAACAUCAAUGCUUCUUCAAGCACUAGCUUGAUAUCAUCUUCGUCGCCUUCUUCAAGAGCGUCUUCAUCAUCACAUAAAAAAGGUGGUAAUAGUCUUUCAAAAAAGUCAAGCUCAAAAUCACUCAGAAGUACCAAUAAUAACGAAACAUUGUCUAUAUUUAAAGAUUUACAACAAGUAGAAAGUGAACUUGACAGUCAUACAAAUCAACUACUUGGUAGAAUGAAAAAGUUAUUCGAUGUCCCUGGUGAAAAUAAUACUACUAAAAAUAACGUUGAUGUUAAUAUUAGCACAAUAUCAAAUGACUCUUCCUCAUCAAGUUAUAAUAACAAUCUUGGUGAAAAACUAAAACGUUCUCCGUCAGCGUCUAAACGUUCUUCCGCAUUGACUCCUACCACCAAUUCUAAACCUUUAUUAAAUCGUCGUAUAAGUGCACAAGAUUCUGCCAAAUCUUCUCCUCCAAAUUCUUCAUCAUCAAUGAUAAAUGGUGCAAAAUCUGAAGAAAAAUUAAAUUCACCGCCUAAUUCAAAUUCUUCUUCAUCUUCUAAACAUAAGAAAAAAGAUAGUAGUAGCCAUAAUAAUAGUAAAAGAAAACCUUUCGUCGACACUACUACAUCAACAAAAGCUCGUGCAAUGCAACAGUUAGAGGACUUUACUUCAUUCAGAGACUUUAAUAAUAAUGAACCUUCUAGUACUAAAAGAUUAAGCGGUAAUAAUAAUAGAAGUAAAAGUAGUAAUAGUAAUCGUUUAAAAAAAUUUAACAAUGAAAAAUCAGUUGUUGAUAAAAAUAAUUUAAUUAUUAUAGGUUCGUAUGGUGAUGAUAUUAAGUCUGAUAUACAUGGUGAUACUCCUUCUCCUUUACUGCCUGUUUUCCCACCUUUAUCAAAGAACAUUCAAGGAAUUCUAGAUAAAUCAGACAGUUUAACCGAAAGCAUCCUAAGCGCAAGUUCAUUGACAACUGCUAUAUCAUUACCAUUAACGUCAUCAACAAUGUCUUCAAAUACCACCGCUCCUUCUUCCGCCACAAGAAGAAGAAAAUCUGUAGUUGAGAUACCAUUAAAUAAUUCUUCUAAUCAUAAUCAUCACGCCAAUGAUUAUAGUCAUGGUUAUGGUAAUAAUAAUAUUAUCAUAUCUUCUUCGCUGCCAAAAAAUUCAAAUAUUGGCAGAAAUAUAACCCCAACAGUCUCAUUUCAUCGUUCAUUUAAUCAACCCCAAUUAAAAGAUACUCAACUUCCACCCCCAAUAUCAUCAGUACCGCCAAGUUUAUUACCGCAACCUAAAUCAUCAAAAGAUUUUGUACCUCCAUUAAUAAUACCGCCAGUACCUUCGUCAAUAAUGAAAGAUUCAACGAACAAUAUUUCUUCUGAUAAAAAAAUUGUAAGUAUAACAGCGCCAAAAGGUGAUUUUGAGGAUAAUAAAACACCACCACCACGUAGUAGUAAAAGAGAUAACAAUAGAAGUACAGAUGGCCAUGCCUCGUCCUCAAAGAAAGCUGUAGCUGUACCACAACAAUUAGAAGCAUUACAUUUACCGCCGAUGAAUGUACAAGCACUGCCUCCAGUUAAAAUACCGAAAAAUUCUAAUUCUAAACCAUCCCUAUCUUCAAAAACUCCCACAUUGGAACGAAAUUCAAGGAUACCUUCUACACCAACUUCGGCUGUCAGUACCACCUUCUCAACAAAAUUACCAACACCAACAGGUAUCAAACCUAGAGUGAUAAAAAGUGGUAGUGGUAUUCCUCCUUUGUCUCAAAAUAAUCACGGCCAUCAUAAAUCAACAAGAGUUGCUCCAGUUUCUCCUAAUAAACCAUCAUCACGUGGAUCAUCAUCCGUCGGUGGAAGAAAAAGUUCCGUGUCUCAAAGGAAAACACCAACCACAAUUAUAAGUGAAAAACCCACAACACCAAGAAAAUCGAGACGAAGACUUUCUAAUGCAAUUAUUAAUAUUUUUUCAAAGGAUAAUAAUAAAAUUCAAGGUCAACAACAUAGUACAUCAUCAUUAUCGAAUUUCAGUAAAGCUUCAACAUCUACCGGUAUUUCAACGACGACAAACAGUGCUCUCAUAGCUCGUAAACAACGUACAAAUUCUCAGCCUGCUCCUAAUAAUAUUAAUCAUUCAUCAAGCCACCUGGGAACCUCACUGCAUAACAGCUCAAAUCAUUUGAAAUCGCCAUCUUCAUUAUCAUCCUUAACCGAUCUAGAAUCUUCCUCUUCAACAACUAGUACACCAUGUGGAUAUAAAACCAUUGAUGAGGAAAUUUUCUUGGCUGUUGGUGAUGAGAAUAGUAAUAGUUUAAAUUACUUGAAUGAUCUUGAACAAGAGAAAAGAAAACUUAGAGCACAAAAGAAAAAAGAACAACAAGACGCAAGGUUUGAACUUUCAAUCCCAAUGAAACCACAAGAGGCUUUGAAAACUUAUGCACCAUAUUUGUCGUUGUAUGAGCGUACAGAAAUAAUGGACUUUCCAGAGGUUUACUUUGUUGGCCCAAAUGCUGCCAAAGCGGCUGCUAGUCCUGAAUUGAAGGGAUGUAAUUAUGGUUUUGACGAUGAACGUGGUGAUUAUAAAGUAGUGAUGGGUGAUCAUUUAUGUUUCAGAUUCGAGAUAGUAGAUACGUUAGGCAAAGGUUCCUUUGGCCAGGUGCUAAAGUGUUUAGAUCACAAAACUGGAGAAUAUAUUGCUGUUAAAAUCAUUAGGAAUAAGAAAAGAUUUCAUUGUCAAGCACUUGUUGAAGUUAAUAUACUUGAAAAUUUGACUCGCUGGAAAACUAACUUCCAAGGUUUCAGUUUGGGAUUAAUCAAAAGGUUUUGUGUCCAACUUCUGAAUUCACUUUCAUUACUGCAACGACAUCGUAUUGUGCAUUGUGAUUUGAAACCUGAGAACGUAUUACUUAAACAUCCUACAAAAAGCAGUAUUAAAGUAAUUGAUUUUGGUAGUAGUUGCUUCGAUAAUGAAAAGGUUUAUACAUACAUUCAAAGUAGAUUUUAUCGUUCACCCGAAGUAAUUUUGGGUAUGACUUAUAAUAUGGCAAUUGAUAUGUGGAGUUUAGGCUGUAUAUUAGCUGAAUUAUAUACAGGUUAUCCAUUGUUCCCUGGAGAAAAUGAACAAGAACAAUUAGCUUGUAUAAUGGAGGUUCAAGGUGUCCCGUCACUUUAUUUAAUUGAGAAGAGCACCAGGAAAAAAUUAUUUUUUGAUGGAAAUGGAAAUCCUCGUCCAGUUAUUAAUUCAAAAGGAAAGAGAAGAAAACCUUCUUCUAAAAGCUUGGGUCAAGCUUUGAAAUGUAGUGAUGAAGUCUUUUUAGAUUUUAUAUCUCGUUGUUUACAAUGGGAUCCUGAAAAACGUGGACCAGUGAUAGCAUCAGCUCGUGAUAAAAGAUGUCUUGUAAAAAUUGUUAAAAAAGUUAUUAUGGCCGUGCCGGAUUGA